AUUGAAUAAGCACGGCGUUUAGGGCAAAAGCGCAGGCAGAAUAGCACAGAUUUUGAGGGUAUUUUAGGCAGGAUCAGACAGUUGAAUAGCACAUUCAUCGAAGCAACUUCAACAGGAUCACAUCGUUGCAAACGUUAGUUAAAAUAAAUUUAGUGAUUUUUAGUUAUAAAUACGAUUACUUAAAUAAAUAUGGCUGCUACUAACUACUACGCAGAAUACGCAAACAACCAAAUGAUGGCACAGCAACAAGCGUAUGCUUACAACGGAUAUUACAGUAACAAUGCGCCUUAUUACGAAGCAACCGGUACAAAUAGCUUUAUGCACAAUCUGGAUCACACCCGUUUUUCGAAGACAUAUCACCAAAGCUAUGAACAAUUCAAAUCGAAUCAAGUGAGGGCUGCAGAACAAAUGUAUGAGAGUGAAGUAUGGAGUUACAACAAUACAGCACCUUUAGGAUCAUAUGGACCGUAUGUCGAUUAUAAAAACAUUAGUAAUCAAGAAACUCCCGCAAAGGAUGAAAUUACAAACAGUACUGCUGAUGUCCCAAAUUUAAGAGUUUUUGAGGAUGAACAAAAUGUGCAAUCGAGUAAGCGAAAGUACACCGAGUGCGAGGAAAUUGUAUCACCAGAAACAGAAAAGUCCAGCACCUUACGUUCUUUACUUACCAAUCCUGCAAAGAAAUUGAAGUACAAUCCUAAUUACUUUUUUACCACAAUGGAAAAGGUUAGUUCGCAAAAUAAACAGGCAUGCAGCAAAGCAAAUAUAAAUUCCGUAAAUGAAAAUUCAGCUGGUUUCCCAAUCUGUGCGCCACUCAGUUUGGAGCAGGAUGUUGUCGCUGACGGCAGUCGUAUAUCGACACCUUCCAUCCACAGUACACUGCCAUCACCAAGCAGAACAGAAAUGAGUUAUUUAGAGGCAUACUCUCCACAAUCUAUGAAACAAUUGAAUCACGGCAAAACCAGCGAUUUCCUCACACCACCUCCGUCGAAUGCAUCUGCAACAGUGCCGGCAACAGCAACAGAGACGCCAUCGUUGCCUAUCAUCUCAGCUGUUUCCGAACCAAUAAAAACCGCUCACUCCACAAAUACAUCUCUCGUCGAUGGUAUUAGCACGCCACCCUUGUCACCGCAUGACCAAGCUGUCAAUCAAAAUCAACAGGAUCAGCCAUUGCAAUUGCAGCAAGAUGAAAUCAAUCAUCAAAUUUUGACAGAUACAGCAGCGGAGUUUAAUUGGUCACACUGCGAAGAAAGUUCUCCAUCAGAUGGUAAAGAUUCAAAACGCACGCGCCAGACUUAUACCCGCUUCCAGACGUUGGAGUUGGAGAAGGAGUUCUAUUCUAAUCGUUAUAUUACCCGCAGACGUCGUAUUGAAAUUGCCAAUGCGCUUUCGCUCACUGAACGUCAAAUUAAAAUUUGGUUCCAGAAUCGGCGCAUGAAAUCCAAGAAGGACCGUACUCUAGAACCCGUCGCACCCGAAUUGCACGGCCUUCCACACUAUCCAAACAGCGCAUCAGAAGCUUGUGCACCCGUACAAUCACCUUCCCAAGCCCAAUAUUUGUAUUUGGGUGCUCAAGCUAAUGGGCCUAUGCCGGGUACUUAUCCUAGUUAUAUGGCUGGCGGCCAGGCAUACUCGCCUAAUACAAUGAACGCUUAUCCUGCACAGGGCGCUCUUCCACAUUGCGGUCAAAUGUAUGAUGCCGGAUCAGCAGGACAAUCACUGUACAACCAAAAUCAUCAUCAUCAUCAUCAGUAUCCACAACAGUCGCCGUAUCUGUUAGCCCAGCAGUACCCACCGCACACCUACCAGCAGCAGCAUCAUUACCUCCAACAGCGCCAGCAUAAACAACCGCUAGAUCAGCCCAUGGCUCAACAACAACAGCAACUACAAAAGGUAUUGCCUUCACAGCAGCAGCAUCAACUGCAAAUGGCAAGUCCAUCAACAGGAUCCUCGAUGUAUUUGCCGUAGAAGCCAAAGCGUGGUGUUCCACAAACACCAGAAACAUACACCGUUGACGGUGCGGCACUUAGACGUGGUGUGUGUGACGCACAAAAAUUUCGUUUUCUGCCGUUUAACUAUGAUAGAUAAACGGUCAAAGAAAAACCGAUUUUUGAGGGAACACAAUGACAGCACACAAGUAGACCCCCUGCGGACUCCUGUGCACACUCUCGUAGAAACACACUCGGAGGAACUUUCAAAAGGUUGACAUGGUAACGAUUUCGCUCGCACAACCUGGGCAGAGAGUAUAGUUGCAUGACGGGUAAGAGUGUGUUGCGUGUAAGCGUAAAGUUUUCAGCUGCUGAGAUAGGUUUACGGAGCGGCAAAGCGGGUGACAACCGCGCUCAAAAACCAUAAAUUGUUAGAGUACUAUUCUAGUAGUUAUUGCACCGAAUAUAACACUUGAGCGAGGGCGGCUUAGACACAGCGCACUCGCCAGAGUUGUGGUACUAGCACUUUAGAAUCACUGUGAUGAAAGCCGAUUCAUCUAAGAAAUGUUCAACAUAUGUAUAUUAAGGAAUGUAUGAUAGAUAUUUAUGUGUAAGCAAAUAGUAAUUUUAUAAUAUAUGUAAUCAGUUUUUUAUUUUAAAUAAAAAAAUAUUUUAUAUGUA